AUGAUGCAGAUGGCUUCUUGUGGCUCUCAUGAUAUGGAUAUGGAGGAAGACGAUGUUAGUCAAACUCAACAAGAAGAUGUUCCAACACCAGUACCACCACCAACAUCUCGAAACAAAGGCAAGAGAAAAGAAAGAUCUAGUGGGACUACUUCUGGUAGUAAGAAGAAGAAGAGUGCAAGAUCAUGGGAGUUCUCUGUUCCAACGUCUAAUGGUACGACGAACAUGAAGAAGCUUCUUCAAACAUGCAAGUUUUUUCAGGUUUGGGAAGCGGCUGGUAAUUUUAAGGACCAAAACCAGACUGUGCUGACUCCUACUGGUUCGGAUGGAACUCUGAGUUUGAGAAAGGUUUCUGAAUCCGUGGUUAAAGAAGCUCCAAACGAGUUGAUUGUCUUAGCUCAAUUGCCAUUAGCUUUCAUAGAAGGCAUAAGAUGGAGACAUUUCUGCUCGAAGGUGUUGCUGCCGACGCCUGUUUGCCGCAAAACGAGCACAAAAGAGAUAGUAAAGAUCUAUGCUGAUAGGAAAGCUACAAUGAAGAUUAUUCUUGGGAAGAAUAAGCAGAGGUUGUCGUUGACUACUGAUAUUUGGGUUGCUCCAUACACUGUAGCCAGUUAUAUGGUCAUAACAGCUCACUUUAUAGAUGCAAAUUUUCAGCUGAAGAAGAUGAUCAUUGGGUUCAAGAAUGUUGGUGAUCACAAAGGUGGAACCAUUGCUCAAGUUCUUCUGGAUUUUCUUGAGGAGUGGGACAUAAAGAAGAUCUUCUGCAUUACAGUGGAUAAUGCGACUGCAAAUACAUCGGCUCUGAGGAAGUUCAAGGCUGGAUUUCUGCUAAAAAAUGGUGCUGAUGCUUUGGUGCUUAAGGGAGACUUCUUGCAUUUGAGAUGUGCUACACACAUCUUGAACUUGAUCGUGAAGCAAGGUUUAAUGGAGGUAGACGAUAGUAUUUCUGCAAUCCGCAACGGUAUCCAAUAUGUGAGGUCUUCGACACCAAGGCUUCAAUCUUUUGAGUUUCGUGUGGAGUCAGGAAAGAUGUCAAGGGGUAGUCUGCCUUUGGAUGUGAAGACGAGAUGGAACUCGACUUAUCUCAUGCUGGAUCAAGCUCUCAAAUUCAGAUCAGCGUUUGAUAAGAUGAAGACAAAUGAGAAACCAUACCUGGACUACUUCGACGAGAUUGUGGAAGGAAAAAAGAGGAUUGGACCACCAACAAACUGCGAUUGGGAAGUGACUGAAAGGUUGGCUCAAUUUCUCGACAUUUUUUACAACUCUACUUUGGUUCUUUCUGCUUCUAAGUCAGUCGCUGCACAUAAAAUCUACAAUGAGAUAGUGGCUAUUACUAGGAUGAUUUAUUUGAUUGAUGAGCAAGCCGGUGAUGAUAAUGAGCUGAAGUACAAGGCCUUGUCUAUGUUAACUAAGCUAAAGAAGUACUGGAAUCCUUUUAAGGAUCCAGUUGCUAGAGGUAAAGACAAGAACUGUGAAAUGAAUAAGCUGUUGAUCGUAGCUAGUGUCUUUGACCCGAGAAAGAAGAUGAAGUUUGCUCAGCUGUGUUUUGAGAAGCUAUUUGGGAAAGAUACGAUCGAGUAUAGAGUUAUGUAUGAUUCUACAUUAGCUAUUUUGAAGCGGCUGUUUGAUGAGUAUAGUGCUUCUGCAAGCAAUAGUUCUAGUAGCAGUGGGACUGGUAACUCUCAAAGCCAAGGAGUCUCGUCUACUCAGUCUCAAGAUCAAGUCCGAGGUGAAGUUCUCAGCAAAAGAACUUUGGCUAAUGGUGUCGGCUAUGAAAGAAUGGACAACUUAUUUGAAGAGCUUGUGAAACAAUCUGGGAUUGAGGAAUCCUCGAAUGAGGUGGAUUUAUACUUGAAGGAGGCUUUGGACAAUCCGAAGCUUAUGAAAGGAACAGAGUAUGAUGUCUUGUCUUGGUGGAUGAGGAAUAGUUUGAAAUUUCCUAUUCUGUCUCUAAUAGCUAAAGACAUACUAGCAAUACAAGUGUCUUCAGUUGCAUCAGAGUCUGCGUUUAGCACUAGUGGGAGAAUGUUAGACCCACAUAGGAGCUGUUUGACACAUUACAUGAUCGAGGUGUUGAUGUACACUGAGCAAUGGCUGAAAUGCGAAAUCCAUUUCAGUGAAAAGGGAGUCUCAACAAUUGAACAAAUGCUUUCUCAUGUGGAGUUGCAAGAUGAUCUUAUGCGAGAGUAUGAACCUGAGUUCCAUCUUUGA